CGCGGCCACCUCAGCACCAAGGGGUCCGAGGGCCUGAAGAAACAGAUGUGUGUGGGCCUGCAGACAGCAGCUGCGGAUUCUCCUAGGCACAGUCACAGUCUUCUUGGACCUCGUGCAGGUCUUCUCUUCAGGCAAAGGCUGCUGUUCCUUUCACCCUGUUUCUCACCAACUGCCCUGACUGAGCCGAAUAAAAAUCUAGUCUGAGACUUUAAAUGAUCCGAGUUCCCAGCAAGGGGAAAACCAAGCUUUAGGUUCCCAGAUUAAUUACAUCAUCUAAAUUUCCACUGCAUCUGAGGCCGUAGCUCUCAGGAACAAGACAACUCGUGUCAGAUAGAGAGGCCUCAAGGCUGAGGAUUCUGUGUACAGACCUCUGAUCAGAGACCUCUCUCCAGGCUGUCGGCACAGAGCACAGAUCUUCCAGGAGCAGCAGAAAAUGACUGAGACACAGAUAUCAUUUGAUGAUGUGGCUGUAGAUUUCACUUUGGAAGAGUGGCUCCUACUUAAUCCUACUCAAAAGAAUUUGUACAGAGAUGUAAUGUUGGAGAACUAUAGCAAUCUAGUGUUCUUGGGUUACCAAAUGAUCACAGCAGAUGUAAUAUUCAAGCUGAAACAUGAUGAGCCAUGGAUAAUAGAUGAAGAAAUCCUAAGUCAAAACUUUUCAGAAGAAGUCUGGCUAGAUAAUGAUUCCAAAAUAUGGCAUCAAGAUAAUCAAGACAAGCUUAAAAGUAUGGAGAGAGGCCAUCAAUAUGAUGUCUUGGGGAAAAUAUUUAAUUCAAGCAUAAACUUUGUUCAUUUAGGAAUGAGACUCCAGAAAUGUGGCACAGGUGAGAAAAGUUUGAAACAUCCUUUUGAUUUUCUUGUGCAAAAAAAUACCUGUGGAAGAAACAAACUUUAUGAGUUCAGUAAGAAAUUAUUACUCUGUAUCAAAACUGAUGGACCCCACAGUGGAACAAAAUACUGUGUUUGCAGUAAAUGUAGAAAAUCCAGCAGGAGGGAGUCAUGGCUCAAUACAAACCAUGGAACACAAUCAGGAGUGUAUUUAUGCAUGGAAUGUGGCAAGGUUUUUAAGAAGAAAUCACAGCUUUUUAUACAUCAGAGAACUCACACAGGAGAGAAACCCUAUCAAUGUAGUGAAUGUGGAAAAGCCUUCUCACAGAGGUCACUGCUCACUCUUCAUCACAGGACACAUUCAGGAGAAAAGCCAUACGGUUGUGGUGAGUGUCCAAAGGCUUUCAGUAGACAGUCAUUGCUCGUUUUACAUCAGAGAACUCAUACCGGAGAGAAACCCUAUGGUUGCAGUGAGUGUGGGAAAGCCUUCAGCAGGAAAUCACAGCUUAAAAGGCAUCAGAUAACCCACACAAUAGUCAAACCCUAUGGUUGCAGUGAGUGUGGGAAAGCUUUCUCCCAGAAACUAAAGCUCAUUGCACACCAAAGAAUGCAUACAGGAGAGAAACCUUAUAAAUGUCCUGAUUGUGGAAAAGCCUUCUUUUGGAAGUCACAGCUCAUUACUCAUCAGAGGAUUCAUACAGGGAAGAAGCCUUAUGUAUGCAGUGAGUGUCAGAAAGCCUUCAGCAGGAACUCCCUCCUCAUUAGGCAUCAGAGGAUUCAUACAGGAGAGAAACCCUAUGAGUGCAAUGCAUGUGGUGAAGCCUUCGGCAGAAAACCACAGCUUAUCAAACAUCAGGGAAUUCACACAGGAGAGAAGAACUAUCGGUGCAAUGAUUGUGAGGAAGCCUUCUUUAGAAAGUCAGAGCUAAUAAGGCAUCAAAAAGCUCAUUUAGGAGACAAACCUUAUGGAUGUGUUCAAUGUGGAAAAACCUUCUUUGGGAAGUCACAGCUCCUGACACAUCAUAGAACUCACACUGGGGAGAAACCUUAUGCAUGUAGUGAGUGUGGGAAAGCCUUCACCCAGAAGUCAAGUUUGAUAUCACACCUGAGAACACAUACAGGUGAGAAGCCCUAUGAAUGCAGUGAGUGUAGGAAGACAUUCAGUGAGAAGUCAAGUCUCAUUCAUCAUCAGAGAACCCAUACUGGAGAAAAGCCCUUUGAAUGUAGUGACUGUAGGAAAGCUUUUGCCUGGAAGCCACAGCUCCUUAGGCAUCAGAGAAUUCAUACAGGGGAGAAGCCCUAUGAGUGCAGUGACUGUGGGAAAGCAUUUGUUCAGAAAGUACAACUCGUCAAACAUCAGAGAAAUCAUACAGGGGAGAAAACCUAUGGAUGUAGUGACUGUGAAAAAGCUUUUUUUGAGAAGGCACAGCUCAUUAUACAUCAGAGAAUUCAUACAGGAGAGAGACCCUACAAAUGUGGUGAGUGUGGGAAAUCUUUUACUAGGAAGUCACACCUUAUGAGGCAUCAGAGAAUUCACACAGGAGAUAAAUACUAUGGAUGCAAUGAAUGUGGGACCGCCUUCAACAGGAAAUCACAGCUCAUGAUACAUCAGAGAAAUCAUACAAAAGCCAUAUGAAUCCUGUAAAUAUGGAAAGCUUGCUAUCAGAUGGCUCACGUAUUAAUGCUUCUGGGAAUAGACAGGCGCCAAUCUAUUGAGACAGUGACUGUUGGAGAGCCAGUGCUGUGGCCCAGCGUGUGUAGCUGAUGCCUGCAGUGCCAGCAUCCCAUAUGGGAACUGGUCCAAUCCAGCUCCCUGCUAGUAUGCCUGCGAGAGCAGUGGAAGAUGGCCCAAGUACUUGGGCCUCUGCACCCAUGUGGUUGACCUGGAGGAAGCUCCUGGAUUCUGGCUUCAGAUCAGCUCAGCCCCAGCCAUUGCAGCUAUUUGGAGAGAACCAGCAGAUGGAAGAUAUCUCUCUCUCUCUCUCUCUCUCUCUCUCAAAACCAAAACAAAAACAAAAAUAAAGCAUAAACAGGAGAGCUUUAACUGGGGAGUGAAGAGUCACUGAACAGAAUUCAGAAAGAAGAGAAUUUUACUAAGUAGGCGAUGUAGAAAAGCCUUUCUCCUAGAAGACACAACUCAUUACACAUCAGAUGAGUCAUCCAGGUGAACAUCUUACUGUUUUAACACAGAAGCUCUCAGUUAAAAAGUAUAGCUAAUUAACAUUUAGAGACCUAAACAGGAGUGGAAUUCUAUUGUAACAACGAGUCAAAAAUUUUAUCAAGAAAGGACAAAGUACAAUAAACCAUACAAUAGAAAAUGCUUACAGAAAGGGAAUGCUAUAUAUUAUAUUUUAGAAAUUUCACACUGAUUAAUAGUCCUAAUAAUUUGAAGAAUUUGACAAGUGUGACUGUUGCAUAAGAGGUGUUCAUUACAUGUAAAUUAUUAUAAAAACUAGUAAAUGUUAUCUGACUUUUUUUUACGUUUUCAAAAAGAUUUAUUUGUUCAGAAGACAGAGUUACAGAGAGGGAGAGAUCUUCCGUCCACUGGUUCCUUCCCAAAUGGCUGCAAAGGCCAAGCAUAGGCCAGGCUGAAACCAAGGAGCUUCAUCUAGGCCUCCCACAUGGGUGGCAGGGGCCCAAGCACUUCUGUUGCCUUUCCAGGCACAUUUGCAGAGAGCUGGGUUGGAGAUGGAACAGCUGGACGUGAACUGGCACUUAUAAGAUACCAGCAUGGUAGGCAGCAGCUUAACCUGCGCCAUAGUACUUGCCCCCAAAGUAGUCAAUUUUAAAUAGUAUGUUUACUUAAGUGUGAAGAUUUAUGCCUUCCUCAUUGGUAGAAGAUUAGGAUUAGAUUAGGAGACUACCUUGAACAGUUUGAAAGUAAUCAGUAUAUAUAAAAUAGUGUUUAUAAACACAUAACAAGUGUGGGUUUGUGGUUUGGCAGAAGGCAGACUGUGACAGUGAAGUGAGCCCUAUGACUGCCUAGCCUAAGCCUAGUGUCAGUUUCCAAAAGCCAGUCCAGGGAUGCGAAUAGAUGUUGAAUUGAAGAGAGGGAAUUGGCAUUUGGGGAAUUGGCAUGGUAGCUGGAGUUGGCAGUGGAAUGUACUGGAGAGGAGGACCUUUGCAGAGAUAGGACUCUGAACCUCUGCGAGAAGCCUCUGGAGUCCUUGGUCUUAGUAGUGAUUUGUGUUUGUGUGAAAGAAAACUACCAGGAAAAGAAGCACUGCAAAGCAGCACCCUACACAAUUUCUGGAGCUUGCAAAGGACUAGGUGUAGCUCAUGUUGCUACCAGCCAGAGUGGAGAUAGCUUAUCACACAUGGAGUACCCUGUAGAAUGCUCAGAAGGAUUUUGUUUAGUAGUGAGGCUGAUUUUCCAAGAUUAAAUGCUACUGUGGGGCCGGCGCCAUGGCUUAACAGGCUAAUCCUCCACCUUGCGGCGCCGGCACACUGGGUUCUAGUCCCUUUUGGGGCGCCGGAAUCUAUCCCGGUUGCCCCUCUUCCAGGCCAGCUCUCUGCUAUGGCCUGGGAAGGCAGUGAAGGAUGGCCCAAGUCCUUGGGCCCUGCACCCGCAUGGGAGACCAGGAGAAGCACCUGGCUCCUGGCUUCGGAUCAGUGCGAUGCGCCGGCUGCAGCGGCCAUUGGAGGGUGAACCAGCGGCAAAAAGGAAGACCUUUCUCUCUGUCUCUCUCUCUCUCACUAUCCACUCUGCCUGUCAAAAAAAAAAGCUGCUGUGGAAUCCCAAUUCCUGGCAUAUAAAACACUUACCUAGAGGCCGGCGCCGCGGCUCAACAGGCUAAUCCUCCGCCUUGUGGCGCCAGCACAUCGGGUUCUAGUCCCGGUCGGGGCACCGAUCCUGUCCCGGUUGCCCCUCUUCCAGGCCAGCUCUAUGCUAUGGCCCAGGAGUGCAGUGGAGGAUGGCCCAAGUCCUUGGGCCCUGCACCCCAUGGGAGACCAGGAGAAGCACCUGGCUCCUGCCAUCGGAUCAGCACGGUGCGCCGACCGCAGCGUGUCUACCGCGGCAGCCAUUGGAGGGUGAACCAACGGCAAAAAGGAAGACCUUUCUCUCUAUCUCUCUCUCUCACUGUCCACUCUGCCUGUAAAAAACAAACAAACAACAACAACAACAAAAAAAAAAACCACUUACCUAGAAUGCAAAGAAGCAAGAAAUAUGAGCUGUAACUAGGAGACAAAUAAAUCAAUUGAGACAGACCCAGAAAAGAUCGAAGUGAUGGAAUUAGUAGAGUACAUUUGAAUAGCUUUGUAAAUAUAAUACAGAGGAAAAUACAAAGGUAUUAGUCAGCUUUUCAUCACUACAGCUAAAUACUUAAGAUAAGUUACUUAUAAAGGGAGGAGUUUUUUUUGGCUCAUGACUUUGGAAGUUCACAUUCCCAAGCUUGGGCAUGCCCCAUUGGUUCACUGAUGAUUCUGGAGGGUGGCAAUGGAGGAGUGUAUUUGGAGGAAGAAUCACAUGGCAAACCAGGAGGCAGAGGAAAUGGCUAGGCCCAUCUUGACUUUCAUAAUCUUUCUCCUGAGAACUACCUUCUGAGGGUACCCCCUAGUGACCUAAGGAACAUUCACUAGGUCACAUCCUAAACUUCAUAACUGGAUCACUCCUGUACCCUCACUGACCAGCAACCCAUGACUUCAGGGUAUAAAUGUAUGAAUUUUGGAGCCAAAUCCUGUUCAAACCACAGCAGCAAAUUUCAUGAAAUCCAGUGUAAGAUGUAUGUUUAAGGCCCAAAUAGAACUAAUAGGGGUGAAAACAAUAUCUGAAAUAAAUGUUUAAAUGCUGAGUAGCAGUCAGAGCAGAUUAGACAUAGAAGAUGAAAAAAAAAAGCAAUGAACUUAAUGAGUAAGUAUAAAAUUAGUUAGAUGGUAUACAAACAGAAAAAAUACUUUAGAAGAAAUAAUAGGAAAACAGACCAUGGAAUAAUAUAUGUGUGACUAUAUUCCCAGGAGGGGAGGAAAAAUAACAUGCACAAAAAUUGUAUGAAUAGGUAAUGGCUGAAAAUUUUAAAAUAUGAUGAAAGUGAUAAUCCUGCAUAUACAGGAAGCUCCAUGAACACAAAGCAGCAGUAACAAAGGAAACCCCUGUGAUGCACAUCAAAGUCACAUUGAUGAAAAACAGUGACAAAACAAUUUUACAGCAAGUAGAAAAAACAGAGUAUACUCACAUGAACAGAGUGGCAUCAUACUUCUGGUAAGAAGUGUGCUACAAGAAAGUAGAGUAGCAUAUCUAAGUUACUGAAAGAAACAACAAACACUGUAACCAAUUCUGUUUCCAUCAAAAACAUCAUUCAGAAAUGAAGGCAAAAAUCAAGACUUUCAGUCAAACGAAAAAUCAGGAGGAAUUUAUCACCUAUAGACGUGCCUAUGAGGACAAACAAAGUCUUGGGGCAGAGAAAAAUAGUAUAAUGAGGAAAUGUGGAUCCACAGAAAGCCAUGAGGAAUUCUGGAAAUGGUGAAUAUGUGGAUAAAUAGAAAAGUUUUUUUCUGUCGUUUUAAAACAAGAUCUAAGUGCAUAAAACUAGAGUGAUGACAGUGUAUUCUGGGUUUAUUAUAGAUGUAAGUAAAUUGUUUGAUAAUAGGACUUAAGUGUGGGUCUUUAAAAGUAGUUGAAUAAAGGGCUUCAUCCGAGUCCAGCGUGUGUCCUCAGGACUCAGGGUGACUGUGUCUGUGGCAGCUCUACAACAAGAAUUGCACCUGUUAUGGGUCUGUGUGUGUGCUGACUACUCUCUGCUUCUGCAGAUCUAUUCUCCCUUCUCUGCUGUGCACCUCCAGCAUUGUCUUCUAGUGACCGCUUCACUGAGGCUUAUUCUUAGGAUGGAACAAUGUGAGUUAUCAGUAAAGGAGCAGGGGGGAGAGGCUGGAGUGCUUAUUGCCUCUCUCUCCCAGCCUACAGGACCAAAAUCUGGGCAGUGUCUUUGCCCCAGUGUUGCUACAGCUGCCUUUGAGGAGCUCUGUCUCUCCAGCAUUCAGACUUAAGGGUGACAACUUUUUUUGGGUGUUUCCCUAUCAAUGGUUGAGUUUCUUUAAUUCUGAACAAUUCUAUGUAAACAGUUUCUCUAUUAAAUGUUGUUAAUGUUUUGAAUACUAUUUUUUUCUUUGCCAUUUGUUGAAUGAACAUUUAAUAAAACUGAUAUCUGUUAUUGGUAAAUGUGCCUCACAAGCCAUAGGCUGACUGCUACCAAGA